GCGGCACCGGCGGCGGCACCGGCGGCACCGGGAGGUUCCUUCCCGGCUCUUUCCAACCGGUUGCACGGGGCCAUGCGGAGCCCGGCACCGGGAGGAGCCGCUGCCGGUACCGCGGAGCGCUGAGUAGGGACCCCGGAACCGGCACCGGGGGGCGGGGGGGCUCCGGGACCCGCUCCGGUACCGUCACCGUUACCGGCAGCGGCUCCGGCACCGCGGGUGGCUGCGGUGCCGGCGGCAUCCCGGGCGCCCGGUUCCCCCCGGUGGCGGCGAUGAUGGAGCCGGUACCGGGCUCCGGGAAGAGCCCGUCGCUGUCGCUGCCGGUGCCCCGGGAGGGCCCGGGCCCCCUGCGCCCCCCGCAGCACCUCUGGCGCCAGCCCCGCACCCCGAUCCGCAUCCGCCACCGCGGCUUCUCCGACACCGACCGGCACCGGCCCCGGCCCAUGGAGCGGGCGGAUGCCGUGGACACCGGGGACCGGCCCGGGCUGCGCAGCGCCCGCAUGUCCUGGCCCUCGUCCCUGCACGGCACCCCCGGCACCGGCAAACGCUCGGAGAUGGAGAACGGCCCCUGGGGGGGGGCGCGGAGCCCCCCCGAGCCCCAGCGCAGCCCGGCCCGGGGGGGGCUCCAGGCCGCGGCCGCCCCCGCGCAGCGCCGCGAGUCCUUCCUGUACCGCUCCGAGAGCGAGCUGGCCGCGUCCCCGCGGAGCCUGUCCCGCUGCUCCUCCGCCAGCAGCGACGCCCACGGCGAGGAUUUGAUCGUCACCCCCUUUGCUCAGGUCCUGGCCAGCCUCCGCAGCGUCCGCAGCAACCUCUCCAUGCUGACCAAAGGCUCCGCCCCCCCGGCCUGCACGCGGUCGCCCCUCGGCUCGCAGCCCCCCCCGGGCACGGCCUCCAUCGCAGAGGCCGCGGCGCAGCAGCUGGCCUGGGACACGCUGCAGGAGCUCGAUUGGUGCCUGGAGCAGCUGGAGACGCUGCAGACGCACCGGGCGGUCAGCGAGAUGGCCUCCAACAAGUUCAAGCGGAUGCUGAACCGGGAGCUGUCGCACCUGUCCGGGAUGAGCCGCUCGGGGAACCAGGUGUCCGAGUACAUCGCCAGCACCUUCCUGGACAAGCAGCCCGAGGUGGAGAUCCCCAGCCCCGGCCCCCCCGAGCGGGACAAGCGGCGCCGGCCGCCCCCCGGCUGCGACCCCCGGGACCCCCGGGACCCCCGGCCCCUGCCCCGCUACGGCGUCGAGACCGACACGGAGGAGCAGCUGGGCAAGGAGCUGGACAGCCUCAACCAGUGGGGGCUGAACAUUUUCCGCGUGUCCGAGUUCUCCAACAACCGCUCGCUGAGCUGCAUCAUGUUCACCAUCUUCCAGGAGCGUGACCUGGUGCGCACCUUUGCCAUCCCCGAGCGGGCGCUGCUGGGCUAUGCCCGCGCCCUGGAGCAGCACUACCACCCCGACGUGGCGUACCACAACAGCCUGCACGCCGCCGACGUGCUGCAGUCCACGCACGUGCUGCUGGCCACCCCCGCCCUCGACGACGUCUUCACCGACCUGGAGGUCCUGGCCGCCCUCUUCGCCGCCGCCAUCCACGACGUCGACCACCCCGGGGUGUCCAACCAGUUCCUCAUCAACACCAACUCGGAGCUGGCGCUGCUCUACAACGACGAGUCCGUGCUGGAGAACCAUCACCUGGCCGUGGGCUUCAAGCUGCUGCAGGAGCAGGACUGCGACAUCUUCCAGAACCUGUCCCGGCGGCAGCGGCAGGCGCUGCGCCAGAUGGUCAUCGACAUGGUGCUGGCCACGGACAUGUCCAAGCACAUGAGCCUCCUGGCCGACCUCAAGACCAUGGUGGAGACCAAGAAGGUGACAAGCUCGGGGGUGCUGCUGCUGGACAACUACACCGACCGCAUCCAGGUGCUGCGGAACAUGGUGCACUGCGCCGACCUGAGCAACCCCACGAAGCCGCUGGGGCUGUACCGGCAGUGGACGGAGCGGAUCAUGGAGGAGUUCUUCAGGCAGGGGGACCGGGAGCGGGAGCGCGGCAUGGAGAUCAGCCCCAUGUGCGACAAGCACAGCGCCUCGGUGGAGAAAUCCCAGGUGGGGUUCAUCGAUUUCGUGGUGCAGCCGCUCUGGGAGGCCUGGGCCGAGCUCGUUCACCCCGACGCGCGGGAGAUGCUGCGGGCGCUGCACGAGAACCGCGAGUGGUUCCGGCUCCGGGCCCCGCUCAGCCCCGAGCCCCCCCCGGAGCCCCCCCCGGGGCCGGGACCCCCCCGGUUCCGCUUCGAGCCCCCCCCGAACGGGGGAGGGGGGGAGGGGCGGGGGGAGCCCCCCCCGUGA